AAUGUGUGUUGAGAAGUGGGUGUCGCUGUGCAUGCUGGUCCAAGAGGAACAGAAACACGGUGCAGAGAGGGAAGACACCUCGAACGCUGCUUACUUUGUUAAAUGCGAGCCGAGAGUGCUGUGAAUAUUGGUGUAGGGUUCAAAGUCGAUUGUAAUCUGCAGUUUUGGAUUUUUGCCAACUCGGAUUGAGUUUUGCUAGGUGAAAGCGGGAGCAAUACAAUGUAUCCAUGCCCGACCUCUCAUUGCUUCGCGGUCCUCUGACGAGCUCAAACCCACUGUCUAUGGAGGGACAUACGAAAAGCGCAACGCUAAGGUACCAAGUACCCCCAUUUCGGUUAUCUGGGAGAUGGUAACAAAUGAACGGCACUGGAGGGAACAUGGUUGAGAGGACCAGCAAAUUUUUGUUGAUCGUCGUCGGAUCCGUCUUCUUCAUGCUGAUUCUAUAUCAGUACGUGGCUCCUGGGGUGAUGAACUUCGGGUCUCCGCAGGGGUACCUCGCCGAGGACAACAUGGAUAUUUUCCCCACUCCGGAUCCCCAUUAUGUGAAAAAGUACUACUUCCCUGUCAGGGACUUGGAACGCACCGUUGAUUUCGAGAUCAAGGGUGAAGAUGUGAUCGUGUUUCUUCACAUACAGAAAACUGGCGGAACCACUUUUGGCAGGCAUCUGGUGCAAAAUGUUAGACUAGAAGUCCCGUGUGAUUGCAGACCAGGGCAGAAAAAGUGUACAUGCUACCGUCCCAACAGAAAGGAGACCUGGCUGUUUUCGAGGUUCUCCACUGGCUGGAGUUGCGGGUUACAUGCGGAUUGGACCGAACUCACAAACUGCGUUCCUGGAGUGCUCAACAAGAGAGAAAAUAAAUCUAAAAAACUGAGGAAGUUCUACUACAUCACCCUGCUGAGGGACCCUGUGUCACGCUACCUGAGUGAGUGGCGCCACGUGCAGCGCGGCGCCACCUGGAAGACGUCCCUCCACAUGUGCGACGGGCGCACACCUACGCCCGAGGAGCUGCCGCCCUGCUAUGAGGGUACGGACUGGUCCGGCUGCACCCUGCAACAGUUCAUGGACUGCCCCUACAACCUGGCCAACAACCGGCAGGUGCGCAUGCUCGCCGACCUCAGCCUGGUGGGCUGCUACAACCUCUCCACGGUGCCCGAUAAGCGGCGCUCGCAACUUCUCCUCGAGUCGGCCAAGAAGAACCUGCGCGACAUGGCCUUCUUCGGUCUGACGGAGUAUCAGCGCAAGACGCAGUUCCUGUUCGAGCGCACCUUCCGACUGCGCUUCAUCCGGCCUUUUGUGCAGUACAACAGCACGCGGGCGGCUGGAGUAGACUUGGACAACGACACGGUGGCGCGCAUCGAGGAGCUCAACGACCUGGACAUGCAGCUGUACGACUACGCCCGCGACCUCUUCCAGCAGCGCUACCAGUACACUCGGCAGCUGGAGAGACGGGCGCACCGCUUGGCACUUCGAAGUCACGGGCUGGACCCCCGUGAUUUACUCAGAGAGGAGGGUGGUGUGGGGGGCGAGGGGACAGCCAGGCUGCCCACAGAGGACUACAUGAACCACAUAAUUAACAGGUGGUAGCCCCUAUCCCAUCCCACCCCAACCACCCACUUUCCUGAUCUCCCCAUUGUCUGGUAUGGUGAGGUUGCAUCAGAGUGAAUGUUUAGGAAAGGUGAAAUUUGGCACUUAUGGCUCGAGAGGAAGAAAGUUGCAGAGGAUUGGGUGCUGCAGUGGCUUACCUACAGACUUUGCAUGAUGCGAGCUGUGGGUUGCGAACCAGAUGAUAUCACUUCCCGCUACUGGAUGACAUAGUCCUUCUGGUCUUCUUGGACUAUGUGGAGAGGUCAGAUCUUUGAUUGGGAGCCCAUGAUAAACCUGAGUCACGGGGCUUUGUGAUUGGAAGCCCAUGAUAAACCUGAGUCACGGGGCUUUGUGAUUGGAAGCCCAUGAUAAACCUGAGUCACGGGGCUUUGUGAUUGGAAGUCCAUGAUAAACUGGAGUCAUGGGGCUUUGUGAUUGGAAGCCCAUGAUAAACCGGAGUCAUGGAGGAUUGUGAUUGGAAGCCCAUGAUAAACCGGAGUCAUGGGGAUUUGUGAUUGGAAGCCCAUGAUAAACCGGAGUCAUGGGGAUUUGUGAUUGGAAGCCCAUGAUAAACCGGAGUCAUGGGGAUUUGUGAUUGGAAGCCCAUGAUAAACCUGAGUCACCCUCUGGAGUUCUCGGAGCAACAACUGUCUCUACUCAGAUUCCCAAUGGAGCAAAAGAAAAACGAUGGAUAAUUCCUUUACAAAGUAAACAGACUUGUUUUACUUUCCUUUCUAUGUCUUGGCCCAUCAGAAUAACAUGUGUGCUUAAUAUGUUGUUGUAAGGAAUUACAAAGCAGUGAGAUGGGAGAUUACAUGUACUGGACAUUUCCGACGAGCCAUCUUUUUAUUUAUUAACAUUGCUUUCUGAUCAUUUGAAAUACAUAUUUUUCCAAUGUGAGAGACUAUUUGGCUCGGCUUGAAAUACAGUUCGACACUUGUAAGUUAUAGAAGUCAUGAUGGUGACUUUAAAAAAAAUAUUUCAUAACAUACUCAUCCAUUUGCUGAAAGGUUACUAACAUUUGCAAUCAAAGUUUAGAGCUAUAUCUUAAUAGAAAUGAUGCAUAGUGUUUUUUUCUUUGUUUUUUUUACACUUGUAUGUUUUUACCAUUUUGUCAAUGUCGUGUGAAGAGGCCAGUUUCUUUGGUUCCAAUGUAUUUUCAUUUGCCCGUUGUACUGUGAUCUGUACACUAAAGGAGAUGUACAGAAUUGAAUGAAAUAUUUGGCAAAGGUUUGUCCAGGAACCUUUCUGACCACAACCUCCAUACAACAAUUGAUGCUCAACAGGAGACCGACCGAGGGUCUCGCACUGAAGGGGAAACAGGAAACACUGUCUUAUUAUUACUUGUACAAAAUAAAACUUCUGUGAGUGUGUGCAUGUGUGUAAGUGUGUGUAUUGUAAGUGUGUGUGCGCGUCCAUUUGUUUCUGAGCUUUCAUGCUCAAUUCAUUUCCUUCUGAUUGGGAUCAAAUGUGUCACCUAAAACCAGAACUUAAACGGGUGAAAUGGAUGGAUUAUCCAUUGAGUUUGCCAUUCUCCUCGAUGUGCAUCUGUUGGGGCAUUAUAAAACAAUGUCAAAUAAAGUGCAUCAGGUUCCAUAUUAAAGAGGUGAAGAAUGCACAGCCACUUGUCAACCAUAAGCUCUUUUUUUGUUAAUAAUACAUUUUCUUUUGUAAACUGAAAUAUGAUGAUCCCCUGGUAAACUGUGUUUAAUUAACAUUCUAACAGAAUGUGUCUGGACAUGAUAUAACCCUCAUCAAUCAAUACUGGUGUAUAUGGAGCCUUCACAACUAUCAUAUUUAAAAUUCAAUUCCCAAAGUGACCCCCCCAUCCAACAACAAACUGUAGUCCCACAGGCAUAGCCAGUACUAAAAACGGACCCAAGACUAAUUGCUUGGGGAGUGUUAAGAUGCUAAUGCAUUAUUAUUAAGGACAUUUGGACCAGUGUGUGCAGAUCCUGCGAAUGACUGUCUUUUCAUCAAGAACAGAAUGUUUGUUUUAGUGACGACUACUUCCAUUAUGUCCAAUCCUCUCCGGAGCGGAGGUAUAAUGAUUGGUAGCAGGAGACUUCUCUAAUGCAAAGUAUUUUUAUCUUACUUGAGAAAGAUAGCUUUGGGGAAGAUGGAUUACGAAGCUAUGGGUUUAGACAAAUCGUUACAGAAUGAAGUGUAUGUGUGUGCGUGCAGUCGUGUGAGAUAAAGAGAAAGCAAAAGAGUGAGAGAACAAGAGAAUUUAGUGAAGUGGGACAUUUCUACAUGGGCUCUGGUCUGGUUUUACCCAUAUUGUAUUAUUGCUGUGCGUAUUUCUGUUCUUCAAGCAGAUUGGAUCUUCUAUUCAACAAUAAAAAAUUAAAAAGAUA